UGGGUGUUCUUCUUCUUCUUCUCUUUUUGUCUUCAACUGUUCGAAGUUCUUCUCUUUUCUUGUGUGUUCCCUGGUUCAGCCACAUCAAUAUCCACAAUCUCUCCUCUGUAGGGCUUUAAAUUCUUUCUUAACUUUAUUAAUAAUAAUCAAUUGUUCUUUGGCUUCUUGAUUGAAAGCUAUGAUUGAUCUGUACUCUGUGUUCUUUCAUUCUUGAAAAAACCUUUUCCUUUUUGGAAAGAAAUCAUCAUCUUCUCCGUGUGACUUAUCCUCAUCUGUUUAUGAAAGUAGAAAGCUUUCUUGCGUAUAAAGAUUAGGGUUUUAAUUCUUUCCUAAACUGGAUACUUCUUGGUUUCAUUUUCUUGAAAUUGUUUUCAUCGUGAGAAUACGAUGUUUUAACUUCCUUUCAAGAAUCUGGUUAUUAAUCUUACACGUCUCUCUCUCUCUCUCUCUCUCUCUUUCUCUUACAGGAAGUCUCGUUUUCAGACAAAACAUCAAUCAGAUGAGAAACUCACUGUAAUAAACAUUUUCAAGAAAAUCCAUGUCGGUUUAUUACCAAACUAAUGUCGGGAUGCAAUCUCUGUACCAAAAACCCAUCUACCUCAACGAACAACAACAGCAACAGCAAGCUUCUUCUUCCUCCGCCGGAGGCGGUCUCGAAGUCCCAAACUCCGGUGGUAGUGUUCAAGACGAGAUGCUUUUUAUCCCACCAACAACAAGCGCAGGUCUCAACGGAAGCGUAACGGUUUCAAGCAACGAUCUAAGCUUCCACGGUGGAGGACUUUCUUUAAGCCUCGGUAACCAGAUCCAAUACCAUUACCAGAACCAGUUGAAUUACAAUCCUUCUCUGUCUAAUGAGAAUGGGAAGAGUCCUUCCUCUGGUUACAUCAACGGAGUUGGACUCUACAACAACUACCGUUACGAGACAACAGGGUUCGUGAGUAGCGUUCUAAGAUCCCCUUACCUUAAACCAACACAGCUAUUGCUAGAUGAAGUUGUUAGCGUCAAGAAAGAUAGUAACAAGAAGAUCAAGAACAACGACGACAAGGGUCAAGACUUCAGUGAAAACAACACAUACAAUGAGGAGUUAUCUUCUUCAGAACGUCAAGAGCUUCAGAGCAAGAAGAACAAGCUCUUAACAGUGGUCAACGAAGUAGACCAAAGGUACAACCAAUACCACCAUCAGAUGGAAGCUUUGACUUCGUCUUUCGAGAUGGUAGCUGGUCUUGGAGCAGCUAAGCCUUACACAUCAGUGGCUCUGAACAAAAUCUCUCGCCAUUUUCGAUGUUUAAGGGAUGCGUUAAAAGAACAGAUUCAGGUGAUUAGAGGGAAGCUUGGGGAGGACAAGGAGUCUUGUGAAGAGCAUGGAGAGAGGAUACCAAGAUUGAGAUAUUUAGAUCAGAGGCUGAGACAACAGAGAGCUUUGCAUCAACAGCUUGGUAUGGUUAGACCUUCUUGGAGACCGCAAAGAGGCUUACCUGAAAACUCUGUCUCUAUACUCCGCGCUUGGCUCUUUGAGCAUUUCCUUCAUCCAUAUCCUAAGGAGUCAGAGAAGAUCAUGCUUGCUAAACAGACAAGACUAUCGAAAAACCAGGUUGCAAACUGGUUUAUUAACGCAAGAGUUCGGCUAUGGAAACCGAUGAUUGAGGAGAUGUAUAAAGAAGAGUUUGGAGAUUCAUCAUCAGAGUUACUCUCUAACUCUAAUCAAGACAACAACAAGAAAAUGCAGGAAACAUCUCAGUUCAAACAUGAAGACUCUUCUUCUUCGCAACAACAGAGUCAUGAAAACAACAACGUCCCAUAUACAUCUGAUGCAGACCGUGCUACUAGUGGAGAUUAUGACAGCUUGAUGAACUAUCAUCAAGGGUUUGGUGUGGAUGAUUACAACCGCUACAUUGGUCUAGGAAACCAGCAAGAUGGCAGAUUCUCUAAUCCCCAUCAGUUACAUGACUUUGUUGUCUGAAACGUUUCUUGUCUUUUCACAAGCUCAAGAACUGGAAAUGCCAGUGAUUGGAUUGGGGAGUAAUGAUUCUUGUAGCCCAAGAAAGAUGCGCAUUUUGCAUUCUUAUAGAUAGGAGGAUACACAAUAUAUAUCUGUAAUAUUUCCUGGUGGUGGCAUAUAAAGGUUAGUCUUUAGAUUUGUAUAUGAAACUGAGCCUUAUGUACACUUUGGUAAGCCUAUAUUGUAUUGUUUUGUGUAUA